AUCGCCGAACCCUAGCUGACUCAGUCUCUUAGAACGAGUAGAAAGACGAGUAAAGCAGGUGGAAGAAUCAUAUUCCCUUUUGCGCAUCAUCUACCAGAGAAGAGAAGAGAAGGGGCGAUCAUAUUCCCAUUUCUUGAUGGCGGCUGAGACACGCCAAGUUUCUGUCAUAACAAUUGGCGGCAAAGGCUCUUCUCUCUCAUCAGCCUCUGUCUUCGCCGUCGCCAAUGGCCUCUCUCAGGUACGAAUCGAUCCUUCCAUUUUCGACAAGCUUUCCAACAAUGCUGAUCGUAACCCGUCUCUCGAGUUUCAAUUCUCAGUACCCAAUUAUCUAUCCCCACAAGAACUCAGAGCUUCUCUCUUGCUUCUCCUGAACCGCCUUCUCCUCUCCGCCACCUCCGGUGGUGGUGGUGGUAUUCGCGACACCAUUCCACGUUUUGUUUUAGAAACUCUCAAUUCGCAGCAAACCCCAACUCUUGAUCGUACCAUUCCAUUCGAUGUUACCCAAGAAGAACUCGCUGUUCUGGAGAAAUCUUCUGCUGUUCUGGGUGGAAUUUGCGGGCUUCUGGAUCACCAAUCGUCGGCGUUGUUGGGGAUUGCUGAUGCAGUGGCUGCAUUGUCUUGUGAGGCCUCGAGGGCCGACGUGUCUGCCUUUAAUUUGAUGGAUUCUGGUGAUGGGUUCUCCGCCAAGGACGAAAUCAGCGUUGCUAGUGAUCUCAAGAUUUUGCUCAAUGGUUCCAAAUUGGCGGGCAAGCUCGAGUCCGACGCGGUAUCUGAAAUUCCCGAGGUUCACGGAAGUCUGAGGAAAAUUGCAAGAUUAGUGCACUCGACUACUCGGGUUGAGUUGAAUUCUGCUGCUGUCAAAGGUGGUGGCUCCAAGAGUGGAGGGACCGGCAAGAGUUUGGCAACAGAUUUGUUACCGUUGGCCGCGGCGCUUCGGAAAUUGGGUGAGAAUAGUUUGUGCCGUGCAAAACUUAAUGUUGAUGCGAUGACUAAUGAUGAUUUGCGUUCCAGUGUGAUGGAAAUGCUUAACAAGGGAUGUCCAAGUCUCAAUAGUUUGAGGGAUAUUUUCGCAGCUUUUGAAGAGGACUACAUUAAGUUUUUGCAUGAGAUUAAUAGUUUAUUAGAAACUGUGAGGAAAAUUGUCUCGUGGGAGGCAACUAUUGCCUUUCUGUCACUUGAAGGUGGUGAAUUAAUAAAAUCUCUUCAAGGCAAUGUGCCUUCGAAGGUGGAUAUGAAAGGCGAAAAUGCAAAAGUAGAUAAGAAGAGUGAAAAGAGAAAGAAGGUUUUUGGGAAAGGGACUACAGUUUUGAUGCAGUUUCUUAAGGAUAGGUUGCAGAAUGGAGUAGGUGAGGCAGUUGACCCAUCAGCUCUAUUGGAGAAACUCUGUCAGGAAUUUCUUUCAUUUUUCGACCCAAAGGAGUCUGGUUUUGAUAGCCUAUUCCAGAAAGUAAAAGAGAUUGUGGAAAGUAAUGAAAGUAGAAGACUACCCAAGAUUCCGAAGGGUACUCGUGAUUUUGCGAAAGAACAAAUGGCCAUAAGAGAGAAAGCAUUCUCAAUUAUUGUGGAAGUUUUCAAGAGGCAUGGUGCCACAGCCCUGGAUACUCCUGUCUUUGAAUUGAGAGAGACUCUUAUGGGAAAAUAUGGGGAAGACUCGAAGUUAAUUUAUGAUCUUGCUGACCAGGGUGGAGAACUUUGUUCACUACGGUAUGAUUUGACAGUUCCAUUUGCCCGAUAUGUGGCUAUGAAUGGUAUCACAUCAUUUAAAAGGUAUCAAAUAGCCAAGGUGUACAGAAGGGAUAACCCGUCCAAAGGAAGAUAUCGCGAAUUUUAUCAAUGUGACUUUGAUAUUGCCGGUCAAUAUGAAAAAAUGGGGCCAGACUUCGAGGUCAUAAAGAUUUUGACUGAAUUGCUGGACGAGCUAAAUAUUGGUGAUUAUGAGGUAAAAUUGAAUCAUCGAAAGUUACUGGAUGGAAUGUUAGAUAUAUGUGGAGUGCCAGCUGAAAAAUUCAGAACUAUUUGUUCAAGUAUUGACAAACUAGACAAGCAAUCAUUCGAGCAAAUAAAGAAAGAAAUGGUGGAAGAGAAGGGUUUAUCUAGUGAGACAGCGGAUAAAAUUGGCACUUAUGUGAAAGAAAGGGGGUCCCCUGUGGAAUUAUUAUCUAAACUUAAACAGGAAGGCAGCAAGUUUCUAGAAAACAGUGUAUCUCUUGCUGCUUUAAAUGAUUUGGACAUAUUAUUUAAAUGUCUGGAGAAGUCGAAGUGUAUUGACAAAGUGGUUUUUGAUUUAAGUCUUGCCAGGGGGCUCGAUUAUUAUACUGGAGUUAUAUAUGAAGCUGUUUUUAAAGGGGCUACACAGGUUGGUUCAAUUGCUGCUGGUGGACGUUAUGACAACCUCAUAGGGAUGUUUGGUACAAAGCAGGUUCCUGCAAUUGGUGUUAGUUUAGGAAUUGAACGAGUAUUUACCAUAAUGGAACAGCUUCACAAAGACCAGAAUCAGGCAACACGAGCUACGGAGACUCAAGUCCUGGUCUCUAUUUUGGGGGAUGACCUAGCUCUCGCUUCAGAAAUGGUAAAUGAAUUGUGGACUGUCAGAGUGAAAGCGGAAUACAUGGCCAAUAAAAGAGUUACGAAACACUUUGAUCGUGCGAAAGAGUCCAGGAUCCCUUGGAUGGUAAUUGUUGGAGAACGUGAACUGAAUGAAGGUGUUGUAAAAUUGAAGAACAUUGAAGCCGGCAAGGAAGAGGAAAUCCCUAGAAGUAGACUUGUCGAGGAGAUUCUGAAACGCUUGAAUGGCAUUUCGCCAUGAACACAGGCGUUGGGCAAGGUGGCGUAACACAGCCAGAUAUUACGUGAACACAGGCUAGUUUUAUUAGGACACUCACCUAAACAUCUACAUAUUUGUUAUGAGAGAUUGUGGCUGGGUGAAGUUAAUGAUGAGAACAUAAUUGAAAGGGGAAAUUGAUACAAUCAUUUAUAUACAAGGCACCGUCAUUGUAAUAUACCUUCAACUGUUAUAAUCCAUUUCAAAUUUGAGAGAGAGUUAUGUGGAAGUUUAGCUUUUCAGCA